CAUCGCAGAGCCAUGCGUCAAAAUACUCUACUAACAACAACCUCUUGAGACUUUGUGGUAGGAUACAAGACUUACGCGGACUUUUUAACAAUACAUUUGACGGAUUUAUUUAUAAGACCGAUCAUUUACAUAAAGAAGAAGUAUGCCUCAUCUGUCAGUGCUUCGUUUUAUGGCCGUGUAUCUCAUGCUCUUUGGAUACCUUGGGGAUGCUUAUGCCGGGGCGGUUUUAAUGAACUCUAAUGCCAUCAAGAACUUGCCUGGUGGCAACGACACGGUUAGUCCGAGCCCACGCCCGUCUUCACCAGAUAGCGACAGGCAGAAAGCAGUCGUGGACACUUUGCAGCUUAUUUGCACAUAUGAUGAUGAGUGUGGGACCGAUGAAUUCUGCAAUGAUAUCCGAGGCGCGUGCCUCCCAUGCCGAAAGAUCCGGAAGCGGUGCGCAAGGGAUUCAGUGUGCUGCGCUGGGAACCGCUGCAUCAACGGUGUUUGUCAGGCCAGUGAUCAAGAUGCUGAAGCUGUAGUCACUACCAGUGUUGGGAAUAGGCAGAACAACACCAUGGAACACCAUGGCAAGAGACUGCCUCUGCCCCAAGGUCAACCACAACAUUCUGUCAAAGGUCGGGAAAGUGACAACUGCCUGAGGUCCUCUGACUGCUCUGAGGGUCUGUGCUGUGCACGCCACUUCUGGUCUCGUAUCUGUAAGCCGGUGCUGACGAAGGGCCAGGUGUGCACGCGUCACCGUAGGAAAGGUGGCCAUGGCCUGGAGCUGUUCCAGCGCUGCGACUGUGGAGGUGGUCUCUCCUGCAGACCAGAGAGAGGAGAGAAAGACCCUGGAGUCAGCAGAACCGCAGACCGGAACCUACACACCUGCCAGAGACGCGGACACACACACACCCUGAACAUACACACUGCCUAAGAUGCUGACACACUGCCCAUAACCUACACAUUUGUCAGAGAUGCUGGCACGCACGCACGCACACACACACACACACACACACACACACACACACACACACACACACACACACACACAUACACACACAUACACACACACACACACACACACACACACACACACACACACACACACACACACACACACACACACACACACACACCACCUGGAAAGGAAGAACAGAUUCCAGAGAAAAGUGAUACGCUCAGAGGGAUGCGAUGGUGUAAAAUGGACCAAUCUGAUUCCCCUGGAUGCUGGAGGAUGCCGAAUAAGGAAGUUGUCAUUGGAUGUGUCUUCGAAAGAUCGAUAGGUCAUUAAAAAUGGCAGAGUUGUUUUGUUUCUCUUUUUAUGAAACUAACCUUGAUUAUUGCAGUAAAUUACUGUAUUGUAAAUACUAUACUGGAGGUGGUACUUAACUGAGCUAUUGAAUUCUGUCAACACCAGUAUGAUAAAUAAGAACACGGUGCUGCGUGGUUCGUUUCCAAUAUUGUAAAUGUGUACACAAUAUGAUUUAUAUUGUUAUUUACUGUUUAAUGUAAAAUGUAUAUUUGUUUUAUUUACUUGUAAAAAAAAAAAAAAGUACAGAUAUUUGUUUUAUUAAAACAUUAUAGUA